GACAAGCAUCAACAACUUUCAAUCAAUGUAAACAGAUAUAAAUACCUUUAGUUACUAAACACAAUAGUUAAUUUCAUAUGAGAGAGAAUAAAAAAAAUUGUUAUUUAGAUGUGAAACGCCAAUAAAAUACAGAUCAAGAACAUCACUAACAUAAUAUUAUUAUAUUAAUAAUAUACUCAAUUGAACUAGGCAAAAACAAAUCUGUAGAUGGCGUGAAGUAGAAAAAAUUCAGUGACCAGAAAUCAGUAAAAGAAAUAAUAUCGACUCUCAUUAUGACUCUAUACAUAGAUACUAAACUUAGUUUUUCUGAUGAGAAUGUGGUGUCAACUGUGGCUGCCUGGCACCCUUCAUUGCCAUUUUUGGCUAUUGGAUCUUACAAUCAAGAAAAAGGUGGUUUUGCUACAAUUUUCCAAGAAAACGGUUUACCUUUAGAGGGUUGUGAAUGGCCCAUUUUGUCAUCUAAUCAAGUGACUGCUCUUGCUUGGCAUCCAACAAGGCGGUUGUUGGUUGUUGGAUGGGAUGGUGGAGAGCUUUACAUCUGGCUUGAGUACUCAUGGGCCCGAUUAGAAGCACCUCACAAUGCAGCAUUAACUAAUAUUGCUUUUAGCUCUGGAGGAGGGAGAUUGCUUGCAUCUGAUGCUGCAGGAUCAUUGUCAGGUUGGCAAUCCAGUUCAGGAGCACCACUUACAUCUUUUCAUCAUCAACUUGGUGAAGUCAUAACUCAUAUUUCUUUCUGUACCCCUAGACCAAGUACAGAAUCUUCUAUUAGGGGUUUAGCUCGAGCAGCAGUUGCUGGAGAUGAAAAUGCUCUAGAUGCUUUAGCAGCUUGGAGACCUAGAACAACAGCUAAAAUAAGAGAAGGUUCACAACCUGAUAAUCAUUCAUGCUAUGCAGUCCAAGAUAAUGGAGUGAUACUUUAUAUUGACCAGACAGGUGCAUGCUCAGAAGUACUCAAUGCCCCUGGCAGUAUAAUGUUCAUGGGUAUAAUAAGCAACAUAUAUCUUCUUGUUGCAUGGGAAUCCGGUGGUGCAUUAAGCUUGACAAGAUUCCUAACCUCUGAUGAAGGCUCAUUAACAACUGACACUCAUGUAAGAAUGGCUGCAAGAAAUGGACAGUCAAUUGUACUGGCUGGAAAUUUCUUUGUGGCUGUAAUCACAGGAGACAAUGUUGUCAGAGUGUGGGAUAGUGAGACUGGCGAUAAUGAUGUUCUGCUAAAUGAGAAUGAAAACAUAUCUGAAGGUGACACUUUUUCGAGUAUUACUUAUUGCAAUUUAAGUGAUACUCUUUGCUGUGGCACAGCACAAGGUAAUUUAUAUCUAUGGAGACGAGAUUAUCGGAAUAUUUGGAAACUGAUAAGUAGUACAUCUGUUAAAGGAACAAUUAAAGGUGUCAGUUGGGGUUCUGAAGGAUUAAUGAACCCACUGUUACAUGUAAACUGUAUAACCAGUGCAUAUAUUUUACGGGAACAACCUGUUUGUUGGGGCUACUCUCCCAAUAUAUCAAUGGUACAGAAAUCUGCUAAUGAGAUAUUUAUAAAUCACAUAAAUGAAAACACAACAAUAAUAAAGAGCAAUGUAACCAUAAGGGCUUUUGCAUUCAGAGACCAAUAUAUUGCCAUAGGAGAUGGAACUGAUGUACAGAUCUGGAUGUGUAACAAAGAUAAUGACUUGAAUUUUUCAAUGAUAAGAACCUUUCCAUGGAAAACAGAUGUGCUAAUAUUAUAUAAUGACAUACUAGUUGGUAUAAUUAAUCCGCACAUCGAAUGUCAUUCAGUUACGGGUGUACGCCUCGGAAGUCUGCCUACUAGCGAAGGUGAAGGAGAACCAAUUAGUAUCACUCAAACAAAUAAAUACGUUAUAAUUGUUACUUUGGACGGAACACUCAAACUAGCUGAGAUCACUAAAAAAGGACUAAAAAUGCCAUGUCCCCCCAAAAAUUGUUAUCAAGUUAUUGAAGAUUUUGGUGAAGUUAUGAGAGCAUCUGUAAGUUGUAAUGGACGUUACAUUUGUUUGAGCGUAGCUAAUUCCGGUUUAGCCCCAGACCCAAGGAUUUACUUAUGGGAUGCAGCUAACGAUAUCAUAACCAAUAUCCUCAUCGCUGAAAGUUCAAAACCUCCAUACCAAACGGUACCUAUUGCAAUAAUAUGGGAUAACAGUGAUCCGAGAAUUGUAGCCGUACACAUGAGAUCAGCAGAAUCAGAUAAAAUCUAUUUAUUUUUCUGCCAUGAAGGAAAACUUCAUGAAUACGUGAAUUGGUGCUCCGCGACGGAAGAUUAUGUUCAAACGGAUUUUAUACUUUGUUCCUUAUGUAGUCCACACGUAGUCAUAUUGUCGCAGCAAAAUAUAAAGAGACUUUUGAUGAGUGAAUUUAAAGAUGUAAACGACUGCGAUACAAGCACAGUAAAACAAGUUUUAGAUUUCCUUUAUUAUACGACAACAGGAAACUUAGAAAAGGCUGUCGUCGUGGGUUCUAGUAUUUCUGGUGGUACCAGCCAGGUCAUUUGGUAUAGCUUAGCAAAGAUGUGCGUAUCUCUGAAACGUCCUGAUGUAGGAUCAAUAUGUCUUAGCAAAAUGGAAAACAUAAAAGGUGCUCUAAUGAUGCGUAAAGUCAUGAAUGACAACAGCAUGGAUGACAACUGCAAAGUAGCAGUGCUUGCUGUAAAUCUUGGUAUGAUAGAAGAAGCCGAAAAGCUAUUUCGUGAAGCACAAAGGCCUGAUCUAAUCACUCGGCUCGUAUCAGCAAAGGAAGGUGGACUACUUCAAAUAAUUGAAGGAAAUAAAGACGGUGAAAAUAUGUUAUUGAUUAAAAGUGCACAACACAAAUUAGCUAAACAUUUGUGGUCUAAUGGAGAAACAAACGCAUCGAUUAAGCUAUUUGAAAGUGCCGGAACUUUAGUACCACAUGUUCCCAGAAUGUUAAUAGCUCAAGGCCAAACAUCGGUACUAGCUCAGCAUGUAGCUAAUUCAAAUGAUACAAAUUUGAUAACAUGGUGGGGACAUUAUUUGGAAAGUUUAGGCGAUCUAGACGGAGCGCUUUCAGCAUAUGCCCGCGCUAAUGAUUUCGGUGAACAAACUAGGUUACUUUGUCACAUGGAUAGAAUAGACGAGGCAGAGAAGUUAUGCCAAAAUAAUCGAACCGCUGUGUACCAAAUGGCCCGCUAUUUUGAAAUGCAACCCGACAAAACUGAAAACGCUGUAAAGAUGUAUAUGAAAAGUGGUGCUGUGUCGUCGGCUGUCCGUGUUGCAGCUGAGGCAAGCGCUUGGAAUCUUGUUUGGCGAGCUGGCUCUUCCUCACCAACUCACGCUCUAUACGCAGCAUCUAUACUUGAGAAUGCUGGACAAAUAGAACAAGCGAUUGCGUUGUAUCAAAAAGCGGGAAAAAUACAUAUGGCGUUAAAAUUAGCUCUGGAUUCCGGUGACACAAACGCAAUGGUUGCUGCUGUAGAAUCAUUGGGCGAUCGAGUAGACCCAGAAGUGGCUCACACUCUGGCAUCACAUUUACGGAAGGCAAACCAUCACUCGCAUGCAGCUGCACUUCUAGCUACGGCAGGAAAAUAUGAAGAAGCAUUAGAGUUGGUGGAGCAAAGCUCGGCACCAUUGUCGGAAGAAUUGAGUGAAAGGUUGGCCGCUCCUGCCGGGACUAGUGGACGUGAUGUCCUCUUGCGGCGCCUCGCUGACGUGUUAGGCACUCGCGGCCUAUACCACCAGGCUGCCAAGCGUCUUGCCCAUGCCGGCGAUAAGGCAGGCGCGAUGCGUUGGUUAAUGCGUUCCGGAGACGCCGACCGCAUCGCUACGUUUGCAGCGGCAACACGGGAUCGCAACGCCCAAUUGAUGGCGGCGGACUACCUGCGACGCCACGCCGACUGGCGAACGAGACCGGACCUUAUGCGCCAUAUUUUGCAUUUCUACACGAGAGCCAAGGCGUACAGUAAACUAGCCGCUUUCUACGCGGAAUGUGCCAAGACAGAAGUCGAUGAGUAUGACAACUAUGAAAAAGCACUUGAAGCUCUAAAAGAAGCCGUCCGUUGCCUAGCGAAGUGUACUGAUACAGAAACUGGUUCUCAAACGAUGGCUCUACAAGAACAGAGUACCCUCGUCAAACGAUUUCUGGAUGUGAAAAAGAUAUUUGAGUCUGGAGAAAUCAGUGCUGGUGUAACAAGUGGUCAACAACUUCUUCGAGCCGUCAGCGGUCGAUCCGGUCUCGUGACAGAAGAAAAAGUCCUUCGCCUAUUACUUAGACAUGCUCCUGAUCACGGUGAUUUCGAGCAAAAACUUAGAGUUAUACAGAGAGAUUCCACAGAUGACGACAGACAAAGUACGGCGUCUCCAAAUCAAAGUAUCGAAGAAAUCGUUUAACUAUGGAAGUUAAAGUUAUAGAUUUAUGAAUUUUGCACACGAGUAUUACUCACAGUACUUAUCAUUGCUAUUGUGCAUGAUAGUUUUAAAUAUUUUUACUGGUGGUAGGACCUGUUGUGAGUAUGCGCGGGUGGGUACCACCACCCUGCCUAUUUCUGCCGUGAAGCAGUAAUGCGUUUCGGUUUGAAGGGUGGGGCAGCCGUUGUAACUUACUUGAUACCUUAGAACUUAUAUCUCAAGGUGGGUGGCGCAUUUACGUUGUGGAUGUCUAUGGGCUCCAGUAACCACUUAACACCAGGUGGGCUGUGAGCUCGUCCACCCAUCAAAGCAACAAAAAAAAAAAAAAAAAACUGGUGUCACCUAGAUGAUGUUGGUUCAUCAAAUAUGUAACUUAUUCCGUCCGUUUAUUUUUAAGAGUUCAAUUAAAGAUGUAAUAGAGAACAACGUACAACUAUUAUUUCUCCUAUUUACCGUGCAUACCUACUAGGUAGUGGGCAGCUUCAUUGCUUAUGACGUCUUUGGCGCCAAAAUGUGCAACCACAUCCACCACACACUAAACAACGAUUAACCAACCACAUAAGACAUUGUGUGUUGUAAUUAGUGUUUAGCUUGACGAGAAAGAAUUAAAUAAAACAAUGUUGGGUUUUUAUUUAGUUAUUUAAAAUAUUACUUACCCAAUACUAAUUGCUCUUUUUGAAUUUCUUAAGUUUGUUUGAUAUAAUCCGUUCAUAAAGAAAAAUGUUAGUGUUAAGAAAAUAAAAAGAAAAAACACUAGACAACCUGUAUUGUAUUUUUAACAAUAAAGGAAAAAAAGCAAAUUUUUUUCAUUACUCUUAAACUUCUAGGAACAUGACUAUAUAGUCAUACUCAAAAUAGAAGAUUAAUUAAGUAUCUUACAUCAGAUAAUCAUGGUAUUUUAAUGUUUGAAUAUGGGUAUUUUAAAAUUUCAGAAAUAGCUUAGUGAAAUAUAUUAAUGUUAAAAAAUCUUCUUAUUCAGAAGAUUUAAAAAAUCUUAUUUAUUUUCUAAACAUAGUCUUUGGAUGUAAAUUUGUAAUAAUGACCGUUUAAUAUUCGAGCAAGCUACAAAUACUUAAUGUAUAUGUAGAAGCUAAAUGGCACUGUGGAAAGAUUAUUUCAAAUGGGAAUGAAGUAGAUAUGAGAUUGCAACUCAAUUUCAAUACGAUGUACUUAGUUGUAUCUGCUCCAAAUAAAUCUUUCUCUACAGUA